AUGCCGUCACUCAGCUCUCCGCAGCGCUCAGGCGUGCGUCGUCGCAACAAUGUCGUCAGCAGAGCUUAUCUGCUCCUCGCCACCUCUGUCUUGCUCGCCGCAGGCGCCUCUGAAGUGGAGGGGGCAACAGUUCGGAAGCUUUUGCAGCUUCCGCUACUGGGGGGGCUCAUUCCCAGCCAAGCGGACACCCCUGCCGGGGAACAGCAGGCACGCGUGACGUCGUUCCUCAGCCAAAAUUCUAGCUCAAAUGUCGCCGCGAGCCUGCCGCCUGCAAUUCUGCAACAGAUUGCUGCGUCUGCCGGCUUGGGGGCGCUUUCGCUUCCGUUGCUGGGUUCCGUUCCGGUUGGCUCAACGGAUCCGAGUGUCAAGGCCGUGGUCGCUGGAUUGAGAGACCCGGAGCAGCUCAUGCGUGCGGCAUAUGAAGACCUGCCGCGCGGGCCUGGUGUCACCACGGUCUCGGUGGGAGAAGGGCUGCCUGCGAGUAUCUACGACACUCAGGUUUACACGGUCGCUUUUGAAGACCCGUCGUUCAUCGGUUUCAUCUUCCGCGGUACGGAUGUCGACUCCCAGUUGGGCUUCAUAGACGUUAUCACAGACUUCGGCAACUUUCUGAUGAGGCCUUAUACAUACGCGGACUGCCCGGGGGGGUGUCAGGUCCAUGCCGGUUUCUUAGCCGCGUUUUCCGCAGUCACCGGUGGGAGCGGCGACCCCGCCACCGACAUCUGCGCGUCCAUGGUCGCCACGUACCAGGCGGCUCACGGUUCGAACGCCACUUUGGAGAGCGUCACAAAGGUUUUCAAUGCGGGUCACAGUUUGGGAGGCGCGCUGGCGACGUUAGGAGCCAUCUGGGCCGGCGAGCAGUUCCCACAGGCUGACGUCAGCAUGAUCAACGCGGGCGCGCCACGUGUCGGCAACCCGGCCUUCGUCGGCUUCUUCGACGGCCGGAUCGCGCUUGGGCGAAGGUACCGGAUGGUAAACAACCAGGACGUGGUACCGUCAAUCCCCACCGCGCUUCAAGGGUAUUUGCAAACCUGUCUAGCCAACGGGACGAUCUUCUUCGCCCGGGACAGCAUAACCGGAUACGUCCAAGCAAAGAGCGGCGACCGCCCACUAUACUACACGGGCAGCAUAACCGACCACUUGAACCCGGGUUACAUCAGCGCAAUCGACUUCGUGCUCAGUCAUUGACAUGGGGGCCAGCCAGCCGCCGGAAUCUAUCCGUCAAAGCGAACCUUGCAUGGUGCGCCGGAAUGACCGCGGAACUCGUCAUCACCGGAAGGCGCGGGACAGGUGCUAACAUGCGCCAAUUGUUUACUGUUCGCGUGGCUCCACGUGCAUGUCCAAUUUUGUAACUAGGUUUGACGAGUAGCGCAGCGGAGAAAGUUCUUUCUGCAGCGGCUUGUCACGACGGUACGUGAUGAUGUCAGAUGUGCAGCCACAUCGACAAGGAACGGGGGAUUAAUUGUUGCUUCGCGCCCGCUUAGGCUAGUUUUUCUACACGCUGCGUCUUUGUCGUAGACAUUUUAGGGCACGGCCAUGGGCCUUAGGCACGCCUGCGCGCGCGCAUGGCUGGCCGGGUUCGGGAAAAACUGUGUGCAACAGACAUGAGCAAUUUAUGUUUAUUGUUAUGGAGUUGACUCAGAAGGAAUUACGUUCAAGUAUACUCAGACAAUGUGAAGCUUAGCCAGAUUUAUCUUUUCUGCGAGCACGCGCACAAACUAGCUUGCUAAGGUACUAAUCUUAU